UGGAUUUUGUCAACAUCAUGAAUGGACUCACUGUGGGGAGAAACAGUACGUACGUGACCGAUGUGGGGAAGCUUUCAGCAGUCAGUCCUCUUUUCAAGAACAUGAAAAGACCCACAGUGGAGGGAAACCCUAUGUUUGUAAGCAGUGUGGCAAAGGUUUGAGCACACAGCGUAGGUGUCAGAUGCAUGAAAGAAUUCACACUGGUGAGAAACCCUAUGCAUGUAAGCAGUGUGGGAAAGGUUUCUUCACUAGGCAUGGUUGUCAAAGGCAUGCAAAGACUCAUACAGGGGAAAAGCCCUAUGCAUGUAAGCAGUGUGGCAAAGCUUUCAGUAACCAUCAUGAUUGUCGAAGACAUGAACAGACUCACAGUGGGGAAAAACCCUAUGCAUGUAAGCAAUGUGGCAAACGUUUCAGCAGAAAAUAUAACUGGCAAACGCAUGAGCGGGCUCACGCUGGGGAGAAACCCUAUGUGUGUAAGCAAUGUGGGAAAGCUUUCAGCGGAAAAUAUUCCCUUCAAGAACAUGAAAGGACCCACAGUUCAGAGAAACGCUAUGCAUGUAAGCAAUGUGGUAGAGCUUUCCCCACUAGACAUGCUUGUAAAAGGCAUGCGAAGAUUCACACAGGGGAAAAGCCGUAUGCAUGUAAGCAGUGUGGCAAAGCUUUCAGGAAUCAUUGUGAUUGUCAAAGACAUGAACAGAUUCACAGUGGGGUAAAACCCUAUGCAUGUAAGCAGUGUGGGAAAGCUUUUGGGAAUCAUCGUUACUGUCAGAGACAUGAACAGACUCACAGUGAGUUAAAACCCUAUGCAUGUAAGCAGUGUGGCAAAGCUUUCAGGAAUCAUUGUGCUUGUCAGAGACAUGAACAGAGUCACAGAGGGUUAAAACCCUAUGCAUGUAAGCAGUGUGGGAAACAUUUCAGCAGAAAGGAUAAGUGGCAAAUGCAUGAAUGGACUCACACUGGUGAGAAACCCUAUGCGUGUAAGCAGUGUGGGAAAGCCUUCAGCAGGAAAGAUACUUGGCAAAUACAUGAACGGACUCGCAGCUGUGAGAAACCCUAUGCAUGUAAGCACUGUGGGAAAGCUUUCAGCAAGAAAUCAGGUUGUCAAGUACAUGAACGGAUCCACACUGGGGAAAAACCCUAUGCAUGUAAGCACUGUGGAAAAGCUUUCAGCGCAAGUGGUAGUUGUCAAAUUCAUGAACGGAAACACACUGGGGAGAGACCCUAUGUAUGUAGGUAUUGUGGAAAAGCUUUCAUUACACGUUGUGAUUGUCAGAGGCAUGAACAGACUCACACUGGGGAAAAACCUUAUGCGUGUAAGCAGUGUGGCAAAGCUUUCAUCCUAAAAGCUCGUUUGCAAAAGCAUGAACAGACUCACACUGGGGAGAAAGCCCAUGUAUGCAAUGUGGGAAAGCUUUGAGAUCACACUCAAAUUGUCAAAGACGUACAGAGUCACGGGAGAAACCUUAAAUAUGUAAGCAAUGUGGCAAAACUUUGAGCACAAAGUGUCAAAUAUAUGAAAGAAGUCCCACUGAGGAGAAACUGAAUGUGAGCAAUUUCAGCCAACACAGUGUUUGUGGAAUAAACGUCAAGUCUCCUAAUGGAGAGAAACCAUAUGUAUGCAAUCAGUGUAUGAAGGCCUUUGUUAGAGAAUGUGAAACACGUAUACAGAUUCGCAGUGGGGCAGAACGCUGUGUAUGUAAGUGUUCUGGUUGAUACAUUGUGUCAACCUGAGGAAUCUAGAGGUUUGGCUAAGUGACUUGGCAGUUCCACAUCGUGGGAUGCAUAGGACAUGCCGUUCCUGCUCUAGGAUGUUGUUCACUGUGUCAGUGUGAGAAUUUAGAAGGUUGACUAUGUGAGUGCCGUCCCAUGGGUCGGGGUACCUUUCUUACACUAUACGGUAAAGAGGCU